CUUCGCGCAGUGCGAUUGUUCAAGAAUCGGAAGUCAGGCCGGUUUAUAAAGGAACAGGAGUUCGUGGCUCUGCCUCAUAAUACGUUCCUGUGCAUCCCUGGUUGUUUGUUUCCGAACUUUACUGAGCAAGCAUUUUGUUCUCACCGCCCUCGUGUUUCGGAAGCUGGUCUAGGCGCCAUCUGCAAGUGGAGAGUUAAAGUUUUCACAAGGCAAAAUGACAAGCAACAACCGCCAUCUCUUCCAGGCAACUUGCCUAGUUCUCCUCCUUCUACACGCUGCCUUCCACGGUGGAGCCCUCGGUGAGAAGUACUGCGAUGACGAUUUCCACAUGGCGGUGUUCCGGACGUGCGCGGUCAGCAAGCGGAGCCAGCCGGGGAUGAGCCUUAGCGACGUGUUGACCAUGAACCGCUUUCGAGGUCACAACAUUAAACGAAGCAUCGACAGCACACUUGAAGACAACGCCUUUUUCAUGAGCGGUUUGGAGAAGAGAUCUGAAUACACUGGCAUCGCCUCGUACUGUUGCCUUCACGGAUGCACGCCCAGUGAAUUAUCCGUCGUCUGCUAAAAACGCGGGUAAAAUGCACACCAGCCCCCCCAAAACAUCAUCAUAUGAAAAUCGUGGAAGGCUGAACUUUCCUGCCACAGUGGAACGACUGGGAAAUGAGUUUAUAACCGGCUAACGAAUUAGAAAUUGAACCUUAAGGGUUAUCAUGGGUUUUUGUUAAAUGGAUUUUAUCUAUGAGGCUUAGUUUACCACUUGAUAUAAACAGACAAAAUUCAACCUGACAACGGCUAUUUUAGUGUUACACUGUAUGGAGUGACGGUGGCGUGUAAGAGCCACAUAUUUUGCGAGUUUUGUGACGGCCGACGACUGAACUGAAUGUAAAACAACCUGUGAUUUUUGUUUAUGGCUUUGCAUAAUGAAAAAUCGGUUAAGGGUCUGUGUUAUCCAAAACGACGCCCUUUAAGCUAACUUAUACUGAGGCACUUAGUUCUGAAUUCGGAUCUAGUACAUUAGUGACUUUGUUCAAAACUGGAUCUGGAAUGUGAGGUCCACCUGCCCUUGAUAGCGCCCUCUACCGUCGCGGCAGGGAUCGGGACCAGCAGUAAAAGGGGAACAAAGUUCAAAUCCUGUCUUGCUAUCUUGGCCCAAGUUCUGGCAACAGAAAUUGAAGCUUUAUUAUUGAAUUCAACAGUACUGAUAGAAAGCUGUUAUCAAACAAGCGUCCGCAAUGUACAAUUAUUAUUCAAGUUUACUCCAUUUAUUUGGAAUGCGACUCAGUUUCUUCAUUUAAUGUAAGACCAAAUCGAAAUGAAAGAAUUUUGUGACAGCAAUUUCUUGCCAAUAGUCUUGCCUUCUUUGACAUGAACUAGGCCUACAUACUUGCUUCAUGAAAACAGUUUUAUGAACGGAUACGACGUACUUGUUUCAUUAUUUGAAAUAAUUGAUUUUGUGGGUCCGUCUCCGUACGCAGACUUUGUAUCCGUCAAAAUGGACGAGUGCAAAAUAAUGAGAAUAGAAUUAUUUUAAUGACGGUAAUAUUGAGCAUAUACAUGUAAUUAUGUUAAUGACAGUUUGUUCCAUUACAGUGUACCGACUUAACUUUAUUUCUUAGACGAAUGGCAGUACCAACAUUCAUUUACACAAGUUCUAACUGGUCAUGAAUUUUGUAAUGUUCCUUUUGUGCAAUACUUUCUUUGUACAUUGUAAGUUAGAUGAUUAUAGUGUAAAACUUAAAGUAUCGCUGAAGUCUAGAGGGCGCUAUUAUGUUUAUGUGUAUAUCAAUCAACCUAUUCUCUCUGUGACUGUUUCAUGUUCGGCCAAAUUCUAGUAAGUUCGACCAUAAAACAAGGGAAAAGACAAUGCCUCGGACAUAAGGCAGUACGAAAACCUGACCAUGUGCGCGCAUGUUUGGUCUGAAAUGGAACAAGUGCAUGCACACUGUGGUUUGGUCUUUUCUUUAUAGGUAACUAACAAAUCAACGUGUUCAUAUCAACGCAUGUUUAGUUUGAUAUUAUUGAAUGUGUUGUAAUUUGUAAUAAUUUUAAGUAAUUUUAAAGGGCCUAUGAAAUGUAAUUUUUUUUAUGUAAUCCUUGAAAAUGCACCUUUGUGUUCCUUUAACCUUAUUUUUAAUUUUCAUUUUGCCAUUUUCAAGGGUAUUUUGGUGCCUUUUUGGUUUUUAUGCUAAUGCGAAUUUCCAUAUUCACGAGCAAAAGUCAUAUCAGGCAGAAACCUCAAUGUUGCAAUAUAGUUUAUGCACAAAAAGUUGCCAAAAUUUUGGAUAUUUCACUUUCGUAAACUUUCUUUUCUUUAAUGAUUCGUUGUUGCAUCAGUUCAUGGCAGUAAGCCAAUGAACAAACUUUUAUCACAAAUGUUUUCAAUGAGCAAUUUUUUGGGUUCACUAGUUCAACAGAAAAACACCUAAUAUGAACAGUGUCCUAAACAAUGACAUCACGACAACAGCGCCCUCAGUUGUCCGGAAAAGCAUGGACAAUUUUAAAUAUUUAAAGAAGUGCACUUUUCAACAAAAUUAUCCAAAAAGGAAUAUCAAUUAGUUUCCAUACACUUAAGAGGGUUAGAAAGUAGCACACAAUAUGUUCCUAAGAAAUAUUCACUUCGUAUCAUGAACCCUUUAUAGCAAAACGAGGUAGUAUAGUGGAUGUAUUACAAAUGGGGAAUUGUUAAGUUCAAUAAAAACAGCGAACUGAUAUGAAGACGAAAAACGAACGUUUGAGUUAGUUUGAAUGGCCCUCUAUAAACUGGAUCUACGCACCUACCUUCUAUACAUGUACAAAUAAAACACGUUCCACCCCAAUUUACUGAGUGUGUAGACAGACAAUUUAAUUCACAUUAAUUCCCAUCAACAUUCACUGAUUCAUUUUAUUUAUAAAUCAAACGUUUUUAAAAGAAUUACUUAGAAGUGAAAUAACAAAAGUAUGAACCAAAAAAAGUCUAGUACCCUGAAUCCUGAGCAAAGUAGGCUUAAAACGAGCUUUGUAUCGACGUCCGGUUCUACAGAGUUUGUAUUUCGAUAACAACAUGGAGCAAGUUCGGGCAAGUGCUAAUAGUCGACUUUGGUUGACUUGUGUUGUAACUUACGCCUGCGCUCUAAAGUCAACGACCGAACGCCUCUCUCAAGUGUCACUUUACGUCAUCAGAGAACUUCUCGGUCCUGGCUCCCUGUUGCGUUUCAUGAUGCUCGCAGGUAUUGGUAACCAGCGAUCCGGUUCCAAAUAAUUGGCUAGACUGCUGUCCAUCCUUCGUUCGAGCGAAGUUAGUCGAAAUACAUGUAUAUAUGAUUUACUACAGCUCGCGCACAAACUUGCUCAUAGUCGUAUGGUUUACUCAUUUUCAAAUGUGACAAUGAAUGAUCAAACCUGUUAGCAAAAACCGAGUGUAUUGAUAUAUAUAUAUUACUAUUAUGGAAGUGUUACCAUAAUAAAGGAUGAAAACUUGUGAAGUUGCAAAACCUAGAACAUCACCUGACAGACCAAAACGGUUUAAAAGGCUGUUGAGGAUCUUUCAAUAACCACACUAUCUCAGGUCAUCCUUUAAGAAACAUAUUUGACACACUUGAUGUACAUACUUGAUGUACAUACUUGAUCUGAUAUUUGAGCAUCUUUACAUGUAAACGAAUGUCUGGCGGUAUCUUUUGCCGUUUGGGAUAGAAGUGGCAAUGCGGAUUUGGUGCAAAUUCACGAACUAUAAACAAACGUAAACAAAGAAGAAAUUGCGACUGUUUCGAAACAACUUCAAUAUUAAACACCCACAAGACCUUUAACUUAAACUAAAAAGAAAACACUCGGGAAUGACAUUAAUUACGAGGAACGACAGUAACAAAAAUAUAAUAUAUUACAAAAUAACGUAAAUGAUAUUAACUUCAUCCUAAAACAUCCCAAAUUCCCUAAGGACAUUAAUAAUGGCUACCAAGUUACCAGAUUUUGACUUAAAAUAUUGAUGCAAUAAAGGCAAUCUUUACGAAGACUCCAGUAACUAAGUAACUCUGUAAGCAAUUUAGUUUUGCUGUGAACAAUGAAAUAGACUUUAUACACGGGUCGGCCAUAUUGAACUGAAAGCGAGGUAAAAUUGUCACUUUUGGAACUUGCGAGUAAAAAUGAAAGCAACGAAAUAAACUUCAUUACAAAUUAAUACCAGUCUGCUCUGGUGAGUAAUUUAAAAUUUGUGAUUUAACAUACCACAAGGUUUCAAGCCACAUACAUUAAAAACAAAAUUGAAAGUGAGGCUUGGAACGCACCCUAAUAAUAGUCUGGCACCAUCCCAUUCAACAGUUUAAAAUUUAUAAAAUAGAGUCAGGGAACACGAUCGAAAAUGGCUUCCUUAUGAAUAAGAUCCACUGCGCUUUACAUUGUGGAUACACUAUCGAAUUUUAGAACGGGAAUAGCCUUACAGAACAAUAUUCCUGGGAUUUCGGCCGCCAUUUUUAAAAGACACUUUACUUAAUUUGCACAAUGCCACGGACAAAACCCUGUUUUGUUUGUUAUGCAAAACAUAUCCACCAAAAAUGUGAUGACCGCCGGUUCCUUUCAAACACAUGCAAAGAUAGUUAUAACGACAAGGAAACCUUAACCAUAAUAACAACGAAACCCACAAAUUCAAAAUUAUAUUAAAAAAAUACACACGUUAAGUUUAUGGCAAACUAAAUGACUUUCAUCAAUCGAGUAUACUGAAGUUCAAGUUUAUGUAUGUACAGAGUCAGCUGAUAAGAUAUUUCCUCUUAAAUAACAGAGUAGGAUUUUUUUCACAAAAAGUCUAAGGAAAUUAAGGCUAGCAAUACAUUUGUUUUAAAUCAGAGAAUAUCGCAAGGGGUAGCAACUAUUUGUUUUCUUGUUUACAUCCCAACAGACGAUAACCGAAUAUGUAUAGUUGUAUCACACUGCUUGGAAAUGUAGCCAACAAUACAGAAGUGUAUAAUUUCAUGUUUCCGCGCGUUCACUAUCAUGGCAUGUCAAUUUGCAACCUGUUUUUUUUGCUCUUUCAAAUAUCGCUAUUAUGUGCUAUACUGACAAAUGUUGUAACUGCUCUGUCCUGGCUCCCCUGCUGUGCAUUACUACGCGCGAGGCUAUUGGUAACCAACGAUGCAAACAACCUCGUUAAGCUGAUGUCAUAAAAUGCAACCAGUAGAGUGCAUUCGAUGAAGGUGAGUUGAACUUCGAUUUAAGCACAACAAUAAUAUCGAAAUCUCUCACUUUUUUGGAGCCAGAGAAGGGCACAGCGCAUGCGCAAAGUAUUUCAUGCUUGCAUUGGUUAACGAGCGCGUUUAGCAUGGAGUGCAUGCGUUCGUGCUUGGAAGAGUA